AGUUCAGUCAAGUUUUGAAAUGCGUACUGCUCGAUACCAAAGGCGGAAAAUUUCCUACUCGUUUUCGGUUUAAAAUUUCGUAAUAAAAUUUAAAAAUAUAAAACGGUCCAAAUAAAAUUAUGUCCAAUCCAACGAAGAGUUCCACCAAAAAAGAUGGCGCCACAGAUAUACCACUUACUAAAAAGAUGUCUGUUGAUUCCAAGACUGAAGAGCAAAUUUUACAGGAAAACUUAAAGGCAAUAAUGGAUAAAAAGUCCCGUGAGGAGAGAAAAGCAAAUGGACGUCUGAUAGCCAUAAUUGUAGCGUUUUUAGUUAUAUUCUUGGCUAUAUAUCACGCUUGGAUAAGAAAGUCUGCCGUACUAGCUGGUAUACUUGUUCCUGCAUUUAUAAUGAUAUCUUAUGGAAGUUGGGUCGUCGUACAGACUAAAAGAGAUAAACAGAAGAAAGCACUUUUCGAGAAACAUUUAAAAGAGGUGGCACAAAAAAAUAAAGAAGAAUUAGAGCAAAAGGCUAAACUGAAGCUUGCAAAAAAGUCUGAAAAUAAAUCUUCAACGGAGACGACAUUACAUUUUGAAAAUGAAGUGCAACGAAAGGAGAAGUCUCAACUUAACAAUGAUAAAAAUAAUUCCAGCCUAACAGAAUCCACAAACAACAGCAACAGUUCCUCGCUCAAUAGCGAUCACAGAAAGCACCGUAAGCGGCGUGAAAGACAACGUCAUGCGGCGGCGGAUAAUGUACAAAUUCUAAUACAUCAAACCGCAAAUAAUGAACUGCGCAUUAAAAGACCAAGUAUACGUCAGAAAAUAUUUGGACAAAAGCCCACACAACUCCAUUACGACUAUGUGAGGUCCAUGAAGGCCAAGGACACAUCAGCAACAAAUGCAUCAGCCACUCUAACGCAAACGAAUAAGAAAAAAGUUUUACUACGCGUGGAUGCAUUAUCAGGGCCCCAAUUGGUACGCACCGGCUCAGCGCCAUAAACUAAGGAAAAUGGCCAAUGGAGGUCGGCCAUUUCAAUGGCAAUGCGUAUCGGCACGUAAACAGGAAAAAGUUUAAAAUUAGUACGACAGGAAAUCGAAGCGAAAAGCGAAAUAAAUUCGCAGUUAAUGCGAUUUUAACGCGCUUUGACGCUGGAACUUGUGUGUGAAUGGAAUUAAAGAAUUAAUUUGUUAAACAUUUUUUGCAUAUGUUUAUUUAUUUUAUUUUUUA